UGAGAUAUAUGAAAUUACCCCAAAAUAUAUAUUUUUUUUCAAAACCAUCAAAAUUUAUUACAUUUGUCUAAUGGAUUAGGUGAAACACAAGCUUUCUUGAUUUAUUAUUGGUUCUUUACUUGAUCCAACAUAGAUACUAACUCUCAACAGAUACAAACACAAGUUUAGUUAUUUACCAACUCUUCUCACAAAAAAAAAUUUUCUCAAAUCAUUUCUUCUAUGUAAACCACUACAUAUAGACACACUUGACACCAAAUGUGAAGCACCAAACACCAUCAUCAUCUCUUUGAUCUAAUCUUUCAAAUCUCUGUGUUGAAAUCCCCUCACAAAAGAAGAAGAGAAUGGCAUCCAGAGAAAUGCUGAUCAUUAUCUCAGUCCUCGCAACUACAUUCAUCGGUCUAGCAGUAGCUACAGAUCAUACCAUUGGUGGUCCUAGAGGUUGGACCGUAGGAGCUAAUCUUAAAACUUGGGCUGCAGGACAAACAUUUGUUGUUGGAGACAAUCUUGUUUUCGCUUACCCUUCUGCAUUCCACGAUGUCGUUGAAGUCACAAAACCAGAAUACGAUAGCUGCCAAGCGGUUAAACCGCUUAUAACGUUUGCUAAUGGAAACUCCAUUGUUCCUCUCACCACUCCUGGAAAAAGGUACUUCAUUUGUGGCAUGCCGGGACACUGUACACAAGGGAUGAAACUAGAAGUAAACGUUGUCCCAGCCGCAAACGCAGCACCAACCGCACCGCUUCCAAACUCUGUCCCACCGUUAAAUGCACCGUCACCUUCUUCUGCUUUACCUAUACAACCUUUGUUGCCUCUUAACCCCGUCCCUGUCCUCUCUCCUUCUCCUUCAACUCCCCUUCCUUCCUCCUCUCUCCCUCUUUUGCCGGCACAGUCACCGGCACUUUCUCCAGCGGCUACUUCUCUGCCUUUGUUUCCAGGUUCACCUGGUAGCUCGAGCAGUACCACCACCAAAACCGUCGGGAGCUUCCCUUCUAGUGCUACGGGCACGACGGAUAAUAUUGAUGGAGCAGGAGCUUCUCCCGGUGACUCCUCCGCGAAAAGCCUUGUUUUGGGAUUCGGAUUCAUGCUUGCUAUGAUGAUUCAUCUGUUCUAAGUGUUUAAGCAGACACAUUUUGUUGAAACUCUACGUUAGAUUGCUUAUGGAUUGUGUAUGUGAAUGAAGAAUAAGAAUAAGAAUAACUCUCUUAUAUUAACCUCAAAGGUAAAACUUACUCAAAA